AUGAAGAACAAAAACAAGGUAGAAGCUGGCCCCCGAUUGAAGUUUCAUCUGUUUGCGGAACGCGGCUACGAUAUAGUCGAGCGUACGACAAAAGAUCUCAACGUUUUGAACACCAAGGUCCAUGAUCAUCCGGAAGUCUCGGUAUCAGACUUGAUCCAAUGGCACAUACCCAUCGAGCCUAACAGAAAUUCAACUGACUUGAAAGUGUUCUCAAGGAUGAGUCUCGGCUUUUCGAAGACCACACCAACCAUCGUUCUGGAGCAGAAUGAGUUUUUGUACGUGAUUGAUCCUCCGGGAGGCAUUGAGAUGUACGAUGGGUGCAGUCUAAUGUCUUACGCCCUUGCAAGAGAUAUUUGGGCCAAACAUGGUGGAGAAGGCCCUGUCCCAAGUGCUGUACAAGGGCGCAUUGGUGGUGCCAAAGGUCUUUGGCUGGUUGACUACAGCGGCGCCUUUCCCAAUGUGAGCGGCAGACAGUACUGGAUCCAAAUCUCCCAGGACCAACUGAAGAUCAAACCGCACCCUCGAGAUCGGCCUGACGCCGACGAAUGUCAGCGUACAUUUGAGGUGCUGAAGUUCACGGGCGAGUGUAAGCAGGCUCAUCUAAACUUGCAGUUGAUUACCAUCCUCGAAGAUCGAGGAGUCCCUCGGAAGGCUCUUCGAGCGCUAUUGGAGGCUGACACCCAGACCUACUCCGAAUCUCUAAAGGCUGCCAUGAGAGACUCCAAAGCACUCCGUCUGUGGAUGCAAGACUACGGUCUAGCGUCACGCUCAGAAGCCAGGAGAUUGUUGGGCUCGUUUCCAAUAGAACAUCGGGAACAGGCGAAGCUCCUCUUGGAACACGGCUUUGACCCGCAGGACUGUGCGAGGCUGAAGGAUCUCGCUUACGCCUUUUUAAGCGACUAUAUGACGAAUUACGUCGAGAAGCUCUGGAUCAGCGUUCCUUGUUCGACUGUUGUCUUUUGUGCGCCAGACCCUUUGAAUGUCCUGGAAGAGGGCGAAGUGUGUAUCAACUUCUCAUCACCAAUCACGGACCCUCGCAAGGACUACCCGGAGACCAUGCUGGACGGUCUUCAUGUUCUUGUCGCUCGAAAUCCUGCAUAUCUCGCCUCCGACAUGCAACUACGCAAAGCCGUGUACAAGCAUGAGUUACGCCAUUACAAAAACGGCAUUUUGUUCCCAGUCAAAGGCACAAAGCCUCUCGCAUCGCUCUUGUCAGGUGGUGACUACGAUGGGGACACAGUGACUGUCAUUUGGGAUCCUACAAUUGUUGGGGACUUCACAAACACCAUGCCUCCAGAUCUGCCAAGUGAGAGCCAAUGUGGCAUGAUGCAAGAGUCGCGGCCAUUGUCCUCUAUCUUUGACGGCAUUCGAUCUCCUGAAGAAGCGAUGCGUGUAUUCCUUCGCGGUUGUAUUUCCUUCAAUGCUCGCCCGAGUCUAAUGGGUGUAUGUUCGUCCGAACAUGAAAAGCUGGUCUAUUCCCUCAGCCAAAGACGCGACGGUGGAAAAUUGUCCGACGAAGGUGCCAUCAUGCUGGCCGCACUGGCUGGUUACCUAGUUGAUUCCAACAAGCAAGGCUGGAAACUCACGAGAGAGGCCUUCUAUUCACUUCGUCGUAAUGCCAGUGGCCGCAAUCGGCUUCCCGAACCGGGCUUCAAGAACGACACUGCACCAAGGAAGAUAUCCGGCACCUUCGCGAACAUCAUUGACUAUUUGAAAUUUGAAGUCGCCGAGAGAUGCAAGAGCGGGCCCUGGCAGACUUUGGAAAACUCCGUCUCAACACUCGCCUUUACCAAGGUGAGUUAA